UGAAAACGACGCGCCUUGUCAUUUUGUAUACAAACUAUAAACGUCAAUGCGUCAUUAUCUUAAAGCGGAGGAGAGAGAAUGCUAAUAGUAAAAUUGAUAAAUCCCUCCCCUCGAAUUACGCUCUUGUAAAACGUUUGUAACGAUGUAACGGCGAUGCUAACGAGUAUGCACGAGGGUGCAUCGAUGCAAGAAACGCGAUGUGCAUAGGCCGGGGUAGUUGCACAAAGGUCCCGACACUCCUGGUGAAGUGUGGAAAGCGCGACGCAUGCAUAUUCAAGGAUCGCGGAGGCAGGGUAUGUAUGUAUAUAUGUGUAUGUGUGUAUGCGCGCCAUCGUAGUCAUAGGAAUAAUAAAAAUUCGAGGGUUGAAAUUAUUUAGAUUUAUGCCCGCUCUCUUGUCGUCGUGCCGCCGCGCCGGUGACGAGGCGCGAUUCGAUUCCGGGGAACAAAUUUCAUGCAUUAUUCAGGAUGGUCGGGCAGGCCGAUGCAACUACCCGGUCGCGAUGGAAGCGAUCCUUUUGGAAAAAGUCGUUUUUAAUCUCUCGUCGCGCCUCAAUAACGCGUGUGUGCACCCUCAACCCUUUUAAGGAACGAACGACAAGUCCCUGUGUAUCGCGAAUACGCGAUUUGACAAUACAAAUUAUUUUUCAGAAACUAUUUUUUUAGCGAAUUUAAGAUUACGAUAGGUCUCAAAAUUAAAUACAUCGGAAAGCUUAUUAUUCACAAUAUCGGUGCUAUUUCACCUGUUGAGAGGUGCUAUAUAGCUCUUUCUAAUGCAUAUCCCUGAACGCGCGUUUAGGGUUCAGCAGAAAGAUAUGUGACAUUUGGAAUUAUCCGUAAAAGAGAGAUCCGAUUGCGAGUGCCAUCAGCGCGAAUGGGAACAUUUUAAUCCCGUCCACGCAAGAACGUCAUUCCCUUUUUUUCCGUCACACAUGUUUAAUUAAUUGCUUCUACGACGCGACGACGCGAUAAUCGUCUUACCGCGGAUUAACGAGUCCGGCAUCCGUCAUCGGACGCCGAAACUUUCGUUCCAUUAUCAUCGCACACGUAUCUUCGAGCGAAUUGCUAUCGGACAUGAGGAACGUUAUUCUCUUCGUGGUCAUUGUUUUUAUUGCGAGCUAUGCCGAUGGUAAGGUUUAUUAUCUGGAGAAUUUAGCCGAGGCGCGAAACAACGAUGCGAUUUAUCCUAUCGUGGAGCCGCAAGCAUCCAGAGAUCUGGACCUGGCCUUCUCCGCGGGAGAUCCGGUCGAAAAUGAGAAUGUCGUAUCUCCGGCCAAAAAGGUAUUCACUCUCGUCGCACCGGAUAAACCGUACGUUGAAUUAAACAGAGACACAAAUCGACCGAUCGCGUACUACAGAUUAACCGAGUCCAGUCCGAUUAGAAGAGGCAACUUGGACGACGUCAUUCUCGUUCCGCAAGGAAACGGAAAUCGGAAAUUGAUGAAACUGAACGGCAACGAUAAGGGCGAAGUGAUCUUGGAGCUUCGCGUCAUUGCUAAUCACGAUAGCACAUGACUUAAUAUCACAACUUUCCGCCGAUUUCACCAGGAAGCAAGCCGAUGAGGACGCUCGAACAAGACAGUUAUUGUACAGUUGAACCUCGCAUUGCUUUUAUUACGUUCAAUUUACAACAAUGAGUACUUUCUAUCAAUACAUAUAGAUACACCGGGAUAUACUAUUGUAAUAUUUACAUUACAUAUCACAUUGUCGAAUUCGGAUCGAAGCUACUUCACCCCGAUAGUCUUUACGACCUUUCAAUUUUCGCUGAGAAAUAAUCUGUAACUUCCUCUUUGGUCGCUCAACACGCACAGAAUCAAGUAGAGCAAUUCUGUCUCAGGAUUGCAGUAUUGCGAUAUGACGUUUGAAGCGUUUAUGAACAAAAAGUAAAGAACAAACGAGAACUUUUACAAAUAAAUCUCUGUUGAAAGUACACGCGCGCGAGAAAGUCUUACGAAAAAACAAAAAAAAUGUACAAAGAUAAUAUUUGAAGAGCAGCGAAUAUCUUCUCUCUGUUCCUUUCUUCCCCUCACAAUUAUCGUACGGAAAUAUAUGAGACAUUGUAAAAGGAGCAACCCGGUCUUGUGCGGUUCGGUGACUCUUGCCUUGGCAGAGGUGCUAUAUUAGACGAAGGAUACGAUCGCGAGUGCAGUUUUGAAGACGUAACGAGAGAAAAAAUGCGAAUAACGACCCUACGACUCUAUUUUAGCGAUUAAAAUGGUAAAGAGCGUUCGUUCCCUCUUUGCAAGCCGCGUUUUAGUUAAAUUAUUCCGUUACUUGCGACGUUUGCUCGCUCGACGGAUCGCUCUUCGGCUCUUUCACGUAAUCCACUACUAAUUCGAGACCGAUCAGAGCCCGUAAAUCCUUCCUUUCCUCUUCAGAACUCGUCAUCGUACUGCCAGCGUCUUCUACCUUCGCGAUAUCCUCGCCGGCUUGAAAAUCAACACGAAUAUUUCAUCAUAUACGAACAUCAUGCUUCCUUUCUUUCGAUAAAAUAACGAAGAUAGUGAUAAUAAUAAUUCUAUAAUCCUUCUUCCAACAUGUCAGAUAAAAUAAACUAAGAAUGGCGAAAAUGAAA